GUCUUGGAUACCUUUCUAUCUAUCUCUUAAUAUCUCCAACUUCUUUAAACCUUUCUUCCUAAACCAACAAAAAAAAAUAGCUAAAAAAAAUGGCACUUCCUCAGACACAACAUGACACAAAAACUCUCCCAGAUGCUUGGGAUUACAAAGGCCGACCAGCUCUUCGAUCCUCGUCCGGUGGUUGGUCUAGCGCCGCCAUGAUUCUAGGGAUUGAGGCAGUGGAGAGGCUAACGACUUUAGGUAUAGCUGUAAACUUGGUGACAUAUUUGACUGGAACAAUGCAUUUAGGAAAUGCAAACUCAGCCAACAACGUUACAAAUUUUCUUGGAACUUCAUUUAUGUUAACUUUGCUUGGUGGUUUUGUAGCCGACACUUUUCUUGGACGGUACCUUACAAUUGGUAUCUUUACUACUAUUCAAGCCAUGGGUGUUACCAUCUUAACCAUCUCCACCAUAAUCCCAAGCCUCCGACCACCAAAGUGUGAAGCAGGUAGUUCAACAUGCAUCCCCGCAAGUGGCAAACAGCUCAUGGUCCUAUACGCCGCUCUAUACAUGACGGCGCUAGGGACCGGGGGCCUAAAAUCCAGUGUGUCCGGGUUCGGGUCGGACCAAUUCGACGAAACGGACAUAAAAGAAAGAGGACAAAUGAUAAAAUUCUUCAAUUGGUUUUUUUUCUUCAUCAACGUGGGAUCACUAGGUGCAGUGACAAUAUUAGUGUACAUUCAAGAUAAUUUGGGAAGAGAAUGGGGUUAUGGAAUUUGUGCUUGUGCUAUUGUUAUUGGUUUGGUGAUUUUCUUAUCGGGUACUAGAAAAUAUCGAUUCAAAAAACUUGUGGGGAGUCCAUUGACACAAAUUGCUUCAGUUUUUGUGGCUGCUUUGAGGAAAAGACAUUUGGAAUUGCCUUCUGAUCCUUCAGACCUUUUCAAUAUUGAUGAUAUUCCUGGUGAUGGAAAUAAAAAAGCUAAACAAAGAUUGCCACAUAGCAAAGAGUACCGUUUCUUGGACAAGGCUGCUAUUAAGGUAAAUGACCCUGAAUCUGCUGGAUUUACCGCGGUAAAUAAAUGGAGUUUAUCUACUUUAACUGACGUUGAAGAGGUAAAAUUGGUAGUCCGAAUGUUACCAACAUGGGCCACGACGAUUAUGUUCUGGACUGUCUAUGCCCAAAUGACAACAUUUUCCGUGUCACAAGCUACAACCAUGGACCGUCACAUCGGAAAAUUCGAAAUCCCUCCUGCCUCCUUGACGCUCUUUUUCGUCGGAAGCAUCCUCUUAACUUGCGUAUUCUACGAUCGAGUUGUCGUGCCAAUUGCUAAACGUGUCCUCAACAACCCCCAAGGACUAAGCCCACUGCAACGUAUUACAGUAGGCUUAGUCCUUUCGAUUAUAGCUAUGAUUGCGGCCGCCUUAACCGAAGUGAAGAGAUUGAACGUAGCACGUUUGCACGGAUUGACCAAUAAUGGUAAUGCCAUAUUACCUUUGAGUGUUUUUUGGCUAGUGCCGCAAUUUUUGCUAGUAGGGGCAGGUGAAGCAUUUACAUACAUUGGACAACUUGAUUUCUUCUUGAGGGAAUGUCCAAAAGGGAUGAAGACAAUGAGUACGGGGUUGUUUUUGAGUACACUUUCACUAGGAUUUUUCUUUAGUUCAAUUUUAGUGACAAUUGUGCACAAAGUGACGGGGAACAAACCAUGGCUAGCUGAUAAUUUGAACCAAGGAAAACUCUAUGAUUUCUAUUGGCUAUUGGCAAUAUUGAGUGUGUUGAACUUGAUGAUUUUCUUGUUUUUCUCAAGACGGUACGUCUACAAGGAGAAGAGGCUUGCUGAGGUUGGGAUUGAAAUGGAGGAUUCAGGACCAGCUUCUCACUAAGAUCUUCAUAAAAGUAAAUUAGUUUUUUUUUUAACCUUUUUGUUUUUUUGCUUCUUUAACUUUAUUGGAAGGGUUACGUGUCUAUGGUAACCUAGUAAUAUAUGUACAAAGAAUGGGAAAGAGCCAAGUUAAUUAAAAGACAGAAAAGUUGUAGCUCAUUCCAAUCUUCUUUUCUCCCAUGCAUGUAUCUGUACAACAACCAAAAUAAUAUAAAUCAAAUGCAAGAGCAAGAGCAACUUCACAAAGAAAGUA